UGACGUUUACCUAACCUCCAAAUCAAAUUUUGGAAAGUAUGUUGAAAAUGAUACAUAAUAAGACAAAAAUAUAGUAAAAUGCUAGAAUAAUAGUUUAUAAAUAAUAAUAAAAAUGGAUCCAGGUGCUUUACGUAAUUUUAAAGAUUUCCUUCAACUUUACAAUAAGAUGACUGAAAUGUGUUUCCAAAGAUGUGUAAACAACGUGAAUUCUAGCAGGUUAGAUCAAGAUGAAAUUGAAUGCAUUGAAGAUUGUUCGGCGAAGUUUAUUAAGUGUAAUAACAAACUUAUGCAACAUUUUAUGGAGGCUCAGACGGAAAUAGUAAAUAAGCGGAUAGCAGAUGUCGAGAGGCAACAGGAGCAACAAAAUCAAUUAGAACAAACUGUUUCGAACUAGUCUCUUUUAGGUUUUUGUAUAUUCAUAGUCUUUUUAAAUGUUGAGUUUGUAACGUUUAUUGUUGUACGAAACUAGGCAUUUUUGUACAUUCUACAGAAAGCAUUAUUAAUUUUUUAAACUUAAUAAUGAGUCAUAGAUAAUGGGAAUCCCAAUUGGUUUAAAAUUAAACAAAUUUUUA